CUAGAGUGCGGACCAAUGACGGGGCGCGGUGGCGCCAUCAGUGUGGGCUGUGCCGAGGCUGGAAGUUACUGUGAGGCGGCGGCUAAGAAGGCGGCUGUGGUGGCGGCGGUGGAGGCUGAGGCGGUGGCCGAGGCGGCUACGGAAGAAACAGAAGAUGAUUUUUUGAAAGGACUGCCUGUCUACAACAAAAGCAAUUUUAGUCGAUUUCACGCGGACUCCGUGUGCAAAGCCUCGAACCGACGGCCCUCAGUCUACCUGCCCACCCGAGAGUACCCGUCUGAACAGAUCAUCGUGACAGAAAAGACAAACAUCCUUCUGCGCUACCUGCAUCAGCAAUGGGACAAAAAGAACGCUGCCAAGAAGAGAGACCAGGAGCAAGUGGAGCUGGAAGGCGAGAGCUCGGCGCCUCCCCGCAAGGUGGCGCGGACCGACAGCCCAGACAUGCAUGAGGACACUUAAGACUCUCGCUCCCGAUAGGCGCCUCCUGCCGUGUCUGCUCCUCGGUCACCCGCCCGCCCGCCCACCAUGUGUAAGCACCCUGCCCGCCCGCCCACACCCUGCGUCACCACCUCCAACCGCAUAGGAGCCGAUGUAUUUAUUUUCCUUGAGUUUUUAUUUAUGCUGUAACCCUGUAUCAAGCGUUGGUUAAAGGGGACGUCAGACCCAGUAGUGUGAUGUUGGUAGAUGCUUUUUAAAAAAAAAAAACAACAUUAUCCCCCUGACCCCCGCCUUCCACCUGGCCAGUUCCCCGACUCCCAACCCCAGUUCUCCUCCAGAGAACCAGAGUGUGUUUGUGAGGGUCUCUAGCGGGGGCGUCACUGUGGCCGGGCAGCAGGGACGGGCCCGGGGUGGCCGGACCCAUCAGGACAGCCGAGCAGCCUUCUCUCCCCCAACACCGGUCCAGGCCCUUGAGCCUCGGUCUUGUCCCAUGUUCCGCCCAGAGCUCUCCCAUGCCCAGACCUCACUCUGAGCGUGCGCGCAUAUCGGGGAGAAGUUGGCCCUGGGGAUCUUUCUCUUGAGUCAUUUUAUCAUGGACUAGUGAGUGCUCCGUGUCCACCCCAAUAAAAGGGUCUUUCCUACUUGA